CAAGGCCUACAGUGCCCACAUCUGCUUUCUUGCCUGAGGGCCCUGAGGUGCAAGGCAUAUGUCCCGGUUUGGUGGUGAUCCUAACGCGGAACCCUCAGUGUUUAGUUCCCAAGCAUGCUUGGUCCUCAGUUUAUCGACCCACUGAAGGGAAGAAAGGCUGAGUCGACCUUGCCUACUACUUGGCCCACAGGUCCGAGGAUCGAACCUCGGACCUGUGCAUUGGGAGCGCUAAGUGCUACCAUUACGCCACCAGGCUUCCAGAUAAGAAUAUAUUGGAUGAAAAUUAGUUGAAGUAUAAGUAAAAAUAAUCUACUGGGAAAAUAUCAGGAAAGCAUGGAGAUGCCUAAUAUGAAAUUAAUUGUCUCAAUCAUAGGAUUUUUGAAAAAGGAAUCUGACAGACUGACAAGUCUUGACACAAAAGAAAGUCUGGAAGUUGCUGUACAGUGCUUACAAACAGCAUAUGAUGUUGAUUACGAUAGUCCUAAAACAGCUCAGUACAUUCUUCCUAACUCUCUAGAAGAAAUUUUUGACGGUGCCCUUCUACCAACACGUAAUGAGGAUGAACUUGAUGAUAAAGCAGUUAAUAAAGAACCGUUGAAUAAAGCUGAAACCAUGAAGAAUUUAGGAAAUAAUUUAAUGAAAAACAAUCAGUUUUCUGAAGCUGUCAGAUAUUACACUGCAGCCAUUGAAAUUGAUGGAAGCAAUGCAGUAUAUUACUGUAAUAGAGCUGCUGCAUACAGCAAAUUGAAUGAUUUUCAUAAUGCUAUUAAGGAUUGUCAGAAGGCUGUUGAAAUUGAACCGAAAUAUGCUAAAGCAUAUGGUAGAAUGGGUUUAGCCUACACUAGUUUGGAACAAAAUGAUUUAGCCAUAAAAGCAUUCAAACAGGCUUUGGAAAUUGAACCAAAUAAUGAGAGUUACCAAAGCAACCUGAAAAUAGCAAUUGAAAAGAAGGAAAGGCCAAAUAAUCCAGCUGCUAAUUUCGCUACCCUUGGUACUGUUGAUUGGCACACUUUGUUCAGUAAUCCUGCUUUUCGAAAUAUGGCUACAUCUAUCAUGCAAGAUCCCAACAUCCUUAGUGCACUUUCUGCUGGACUCGGUGGGUCAUUGAGUCAAGUUGCAGCAGCUGUUAAUGCAAGUGUGCCUGAACCUCCCACUCCACCUCCAAGUUCCAUUCCAGGUGGUAACAGAAGUUUGGAUAUGUUGCUUGAAGCUGGUCAGUAUUUAGCUACACAGAUGCAAGCUGCAAAUCCAGAUCUAAUUGAUCAACUUAGGCAGAACCCCUAUAGAAAUCCAUCGAAUCCAGAAAAUAAGGAUUCUGCAAAAUAGUCAUUUUCUUCAAUAGAGUUGUGGGUAAUAAAUUUCUGUUGAUUGCAUCAAAUUCCUGUAUCAGUACAGUAAAGAUGCUAACCUGCAAAAUUUCACUAAGAAACAUAAAAUAAUAUGUAAAAGAAGGGUAAAGACAUGAAGAUUUUUUUAUGUAUGAUAUGGAAUUAAUCUGUAUUUUAAAUUACGUGUAAGCUGAACUUCUAAACUCAUUUUGAAUAGUGUAAUAUUCAUAUAAGAAAUUGUUGUCUUUUUGCAUUUGCGUAUAUUUUUUACAGUGUUACAAUAAAGUUCAAAUUCAUUCUAGUAGAUUUGUACUGUUAAUUAAUAAAAGAGAAGUAUUUC